GGGUUUCACUCCAACACCAGGUUAGAGUGUAGUGGUACAAUCACGGCUCACUGCAGCCUGGACCUCCCUGGGCUCAGGCAAUCCUCCCACCUCAUCCUCCUGAGUGGCUGGGAUUACAGGCACGCACCACCGCUCCAGGCUAAUUUUUAAAAUUUUUGUAGAAACAGGGUCUUGCCACGUUGCCUAGGCUGGUCUCAAACUCCUGGGCUCAAGUGAUCUGUCUGCCUCUGCCUCCCUCUGUGCCCAGCCUAAGGCAGGUUUCUUAAUCUCCUCUAGACUGUUUCUUUAAUUGUAUACUGGGAAGAGUAAUAAUAAUGCCUCUGGUAAAAGGCUUCUGUCAGAAUUUAUUGACAAAACCCUUUCAGUGGUUAGCAUAGUGACCGGCACAUUAAAUGUGGCUAUUAAUUAUUGUAUAUGUAUUAUUACAUAUGGAUGCUUGUAGCCUGUCUCUUGGGUAUGAGCCUUGUUUCCACAACUUGAUUGCAAGCUUUGAGAGGGCAGGGACCAGCUCACAUAGACCUCUCAUCACCUAGCACAAUGUCUUAUAAAUUUAAUAGGUCAGUAACGAGAUUUAAAACUAAAGGGCAAUUUGAGGCUGGAUUGAUUAUAAAGGCCCUUGACUCUCAAUUUCCCUAGGCCUGCCCUAAGCCUGUCUCCUACUCCAGUAUAACCGGAAUCCCCUUUGAGCUGUGGCAAUGGGAGCUCUUGGCUGCUGCCUACUUGACAGCAGCCAAUUCAAUCAAAUGUUCAGAAAAUAGUCAAAGGUCUGAGGCCGUAAUGCAUGAGAGGUUCCAGACAGUCAUGGCAUUUAGGAGUUGUUUCUGCUUUUCUUAGGUAUUUCUGGCUACUGGGCAGUGUGUAAUUUCUUUGUCUCACCUAAGUGAAAUCAUAUAGAGUAUAAUUUAUGUCCUCUCUCUUUAGCUCUUCUCAUGCCCUGGUGAUGAGCUAGCUAGUAUUUUCCUUAUCAAAGGACCUACUGUCACUGUCUGAACAACUCAUCUGCAACAAGCUCGCAUUUCACCCAUGGUCAACGAACUGACUGAUGUCCUUUAAGAAUGCUUUCUAAGUUUUACUCCUUCAAUAUUUUUUUUUUUUUUACUCAACUGGGCUACUUACAAAAAGAACAAAGUUUAAUACUGGUACAUAUUGACUUCCACCUGCUAUUUGUGAACGCUGAGCACAGCAGCCGUAGGUUUGGCAAGGCUGGGUUUCCUUACCCAUUGGUGUGAGAGUUGCAUUGUAAUGUGGUAUAAUCCAUAGGUUGAAUGCAGGGCUUUGAGAAUUUAAAAUAUUUGCAUCUUCACAAGAAAUAUUUGGAAAGUUUGUAUAAGGCCUAGUAAAUCCAGUUGUGAGUGAAUAGAAUUUACCAAACUAAAUUCACCUAGCAUAUGAAAAUGUACAUAAAACAAAAUUAACAGGUAGUUGCUCAUACUUAACAAAAAGAUAUUUAGUGCUUCUCAUCACUCUCAAUUAUUUCACAUAAUAUUCUAUUGCUUUCUUUCUCCUAAAAAACGAUUGUUUUAAGCUCUCAGCUCUUCUCUUUUAAUUUGAGCAAACUAAAAAUAUCUUAGGAAUGGCCCAUCUCACCUCAUCAAAGAAGUUUCCUUUGUAUCAAGUUUAUUAAUUCACUCGUCCUUUCCUGAUCUUUGAUACUGAGACUGCUAUAAAAAGGACAAUGGAUGCUAAAGAUAACACAUGAAGUAGGUUUGUUAAACCUUUUUUUUGACCCUUGGUAUCUUCAGCUUUCUGAAGGCCAGGUAAUGUCUGCAUUCUGAAUAUGUUAGGGGACAUAUGAAUCCAUAGGACAUAUUUUAAGCAGAAUUGUAUCAUUGUUUCCCUUGUUGCUAUUUUACUUUCCCAAACCAUUGCAGAGCUGUUUGCCAAUGACAUUUUCUCAUCCGCAGCCAGCUCUGCGGCUCUCUUUUGCUAUUUCUUCUGUCGACUUCCAUUUUAAUUUAAAAAAUAAAUUUAUAAUUUUUUUAGUUCUGUUUUGUCAAUGUAUACCUGCAGCCGCACACACAUUUGAUUAUAGCUGCAUAGUGUGGAAAAUCUUGCAAUUGGAUUCCAAAAUGACAGGCGGUGUAAUUUACAAAGUACAAAAGUGUUAUGUUAAAGCACUCUCAGCAAUAAAUAAAAAUAGCUUUUUUGGAGGAGGAAAUAACUUUGGAGAGAACUAGGCUGGAGGAGGAAGCAAUCUACACUCUUAGGAAAUGAAGAGCCACAUCUAGGAAAGCAUCCGAGGGACAAGGACAACAGAAACACAAGAGGUUCUUGAUUUCAGGCAGUCCUCCAAGAGGCACCUGACAGAGGGCAGUUAGGUUGCCUUGAUUUGCCAGUUUCUGUCCUGAAAGAUACACUGGGCCUUUAUUUCCCAAGGACUACUCAUUCAGCAUGGUUGAGCACCUAAAUUGUGCUGGAGAUUGCACAGGAACUGGGCUUGCGAAAAUGAAAAUUGCACACAGUUCCUGUCUUCAGGCGCUCACAGUUUUUAAAAGAGAACAUCUUAAGAGGGAGUUAUAAGCGGCCCUGUUGCAAAAAGAGAGCAGCAACUAAAAUCUUGGAAGAGCCCUCAGGACGCCCCAGAGGAAGCAAGCUCUGAUCACAGAACUUUGAAAGGCUUUUGUAUCUUUCGACAUAAAUGAUCAAGUGAAAUAAAUACAUUGUCCGGAAGAGAAAGAAUUGGGAUGGAGGAUGAGAUUUUCUAUGGAAGGAUUAAAACAUAUUUAACUGGAGCAGGGACUUACAGGGACAGGCAAGUCCCUUACAUUGUCAGUAAAGGGCCCAGGUUACAAACGAGUUAUAACCGAUCAGACCGACGAGCGCCCGCGUGCAGCGCCUCCUUCCGACGCGCGCCUCGCAGCCUUCAGUCAACGCUGACAGCUGUUCUCCAACACCCAGCUAGGGGCGGGAGAGUCCGCCCACUUCUACCAGAUUUUGCACACAAAACAGUGGAAAGACCACUUUCAUGGCUCCAAGCCGUUUUCUCCCUUCAUCACCUGCAAUUUUAGGGCUUUUCGGGGGGUAUGUCUGCAGGGAUUUUAGAGGUUUUUUUCCUCGUUCUCUUUUUAAGAGGUGAUAAAAAGCAUUUAAAUUAGCGGCAGGGCGGUUAACACCCGCAACCCUGGCCUCUCCGCACUUCUCGUCGCUCGUCCGUGUUCACUCCACGCCUGGCCUCGGGUAGGCGCAGCACAGCGCCAACGGUUGCGGGGUCCCAACGGCUCCCAGGCGGCGCGCCUUGCGCGCCGGGCCUCGCAGGACCGCGGCAAGUUCAGAAGGCGCGGAGAGGGAGGCGAGGUCGAGUAGCGGGAGGCUUUUGACGAACGGCCCUCACAGCCAAUGGGAAGCCCGGUCGACUUUCCAGCCCCUGCCAAUAGGGAGCAGAACCCGGGCCGGGGGGCGCUUCCCGCAGGCUGCUGCUGGAUUCGAUCCUGCGCGACGGCCGCGAAGGCGGGGGCGGAGGCUCGGCCUGCGCGGCUGGGAGCGGCUUAGGGGAGGAGGGAAGACCGGAAGCCACGGUUGCGUCCUCAUCCUUAGAUUCGCUCCUCCGGGCAGGGAGCGGAGACGGAGGAGGAGGGAGAGGCUGAAUGUUGGCUCGGUAAUUGAGAGGAGCGGCCGCUCCAGAGCCUUCUCCCGGGGCGCCCCCCUCGGUCCGUCCGCGCUUCUCAGCCGCCAGUCUCCUGGCCGCGCAGUCCUCGCGGACGGCCGGGCCGCGGAGACCCUCGCAGAAGAGGCGCUGCCGGCGGCGAGGACUGGCCGGCGGCAUCCGAGGCGCGCGCCCCACCGCCACCCCCACCCGCCUGCCAGCCGGUCCCUCCGGCCGCCGCCAUGUCCUCCUCCUCUUCCUCCCCCAGGGAGACGUACGAGGAGGACCGGGAGUACGAGAGCCAGGCCAAGCGUCUCAAGACAGAGGAGGGGGAAAUCGACUACUCGGCCGAGGAAAGCGAGAACCGCCGGGAAGCGACGCCCCGGGGCGGGGGCGAUGGCGGCGGCGGCGGCGGCCGGAGCUUCUCCCAGCCGGAGGCAGGUGGAAGUCAUCAUAAAGUUUCUGUUUCACCCGUCGUCCAUGUUCGAGGACUCUGUGAAUCUGUGGUGGAAGCAGACCUCGUGGAAGCGCUGGAAAAAUUUGGGACAAUAUGCUAUGUGAUGAUGAUGCCAUUUAAACGACAGGCUCUAGUGGAAUUUGAAAACAUAGAUAGUGCCAAAGAAUGUGUGACAUUUGCUGCAGAUGAACCCGUGUACAUUGCUGGUCAACAGGCUUUUUUCAACUAUUCUACAAGCAAAAGGAUCACUCGGCCAGGAAAUACUGAUGAUCCAUCGGGAGGCAACAAAGUUCUUCUGCUCUCAAUUCAGAAUCCACUUUAUCCAAUUACAGUGGAUGUUUUAUAUACUGUAUGCAACCCUGUUGGCAAAGUGCAACGUAUUGUUAUAUUCAAGAGAAAUGGGAUACAAGCAAUGGUUGAGUUUGAAUCAGUCCUUUGUGCCCAGAAAGCUAAAGCAGCACUCAAUGGAGCUGAUAUAUAUGCUGGAUGUUGCACACUAAAAAUUGAAUAUGCACGGCCAACUCGUCUAAAUGUUAUUAGGAAUGACAAUGACAGUUGGGACUACACUAAACCAUAUUUGGGAAGACGAGAUAGAGGAAAGGGUCGCCAGAGACAAGCCAUUUUGGGAGAACACCCUUCUUCGUUUAGACAUGAUGGCUAUGGAUCCCAUGGUCCAUUAUUGCCUUUACCAAGUCGUUACAGAAUGGGCUCUCGAGAUACACCUGAACUUGUUGCUUAUCCAUUACCGCAGGCUUCUUCCUCUUACAUGCAUGGAGGAAAUCCCUCUGGUUCAGUUGUAAUGGUUAGUGGAUUACAUCAACUAAAAAUGAAUUGUUCAAGAGUCUUCAACCUGUUCUGCUUAUAUGGAAAUAUUGAGAAGGUAAAAUUUAUGAAGACCAUUCCUGGUACAGCACUGGUAGAAAUGGGUGAUGAGUAUGCUGUAGAAAGAGCUGUCACACACCUUAAUAAUGUCAAAUUAUUUGGGAAAAGACUUAAUGUUUGCGUGUCUAAACAACAUUCAGUUGUUCCAAGUCAAAUAUUUGAGCUGGAGGAUGGUACGAGUAGCUACAAAGAUUUUGCAAUGAGCAAAAAUAAUCGCUUUACAAGUGCUGGCCAAGCAUCUAAGAAUAUAAUCCAGCCACCCUCCUGUGUUUUGCAUUAUUAUAAUGUUCCAUUGUGUGUCACAGAAGAGACCUUCACAAAGUUGUGUAAUGACCAUGAAGUUCUUACAUUCAUCAAAUAUAAAGUGUUUGAUGCAAAACCUUCAGCCAAAACACUUUCUGGGCUAUUAGAAUGGGAGUGCAAAACUGAUGCAGUAGAAGCCCUUACGGCACUGAAUCACUAUCAGAUAAGAGUGCCGAAUGGUUCCAAUCCCUAUACAUUGAAGCUUUGCUUUUCUACAUCAUCCCAUUUAUAAGAAGAGAAGAGCAUGUUAGAAUUUAUGUUCACCUUUAUUACAAUUUCAAAGCUACACUUCAUUAAAAAAAAAUCUAAAAUGGUUGAUCUCAUGUUGCCUUGCUUACUUUAAGAUCCUGUUCUGUAAUAAACAUAUUUUGCCUUGAGUAAAUUUGUUGUAAACUUAAA